AUGACUUCGCCUGGGGCUAAUCGAUUUUUCCUCUUCUUUCGCUACCUUGGCCUGCUGGCCGUCGCUUGUGAGUGUUGAUGAGCUCCAAUGAUUAUUUUAACAUCGAAAGCAGCUUCCGAAAUUGCUUUAAAGAUUUUACAGAGUUGUGGAUCAUCGCUGGCUAAAGAUUUUGGGGACCGUAGAUACAGCCAAUAAUUGCCUUUCUUUGCGGCGAGAGAAUAACAGAUGCAAAGCAGAAGUUCUUCGUGAAUGAGGAGGCGUCCAGGUCAUAAGGGGGGGGGGGUGCUUUACGUAGGAUCUAACAUAAAGUAGACAACCGUCCUCACGGCUAGUCGUGAGGUCUUGACGGAAAAAGUCAAAGUCAUCUAUAAGAAGGGCAGACUCAUGAAUUAUAGAAUGGGUCCAAGAUUCUGUUACACAUACAAUAUGAGGCGUCAUUCCGAGAGCAAUGGCUGUGAUCUAGGCCAUCUUGUUUAUAACAGACCUGACAUUCAGUAAUAUAAUACCUAAAGACGAGGUGGCGAGCAUACGUAGCUUUCGAUAAAUUCUCGUCGGGCCAGUAAAAUCAUAUGAGAAGGGGGUAGAUGAACAAACACGUCAGUGAUAGGAUAAAUCGAUGAAAGUUCGCCUUAAACUACAGGCUGGGUGUGGGAAUGGGGGGGGGGGUAAUAGCGGUCAGUGUCAGGGGCGGGGUGAGAGCGCGAGGGCACGGGAGGGUUGUAGCGUUAGUCGAUAUUCGACCACUGUAGGCGCGGAACCGGAACGUGAUUCUUCUGUGCUCAAAAGGUCGGUUUUCGCAACCUGAUGGCGGUCAUCUCUGCUGUUGCUAACAGGCGCUGUCUCAGUGCUUUGGGAUAGCUCGAUAGGACCUUAAAGAUCACACGAACGCUUCAGUGGAGUGUACAUGAUGUCCUGAAUCGACAGCAUGCGCGAUAAUGGCGCUGCUUAUGCUCAUAGUUUCGCCUUUUCCCAGCCACUACGGGAGGUGUUCCCGUAUUCUCUUGGAUAAGCGCCGACUCGUUCGACCAAUGUAACCUGCUCCACAGGUGAGAACAGUUGGCCUUAAUUGCUGGGACGCCUGAACUAUGUUGGGGGAUAAAUGACUUAGGGCAAUUCACGUAUGAAUGAUUUACCAGAUAUAUAAUAGGACUUUGGCAAGUAACCGGUAUGCAGGACAGGGAAUUAUGUAGAUGCAUAAUUGGGGCUGUGUUGUUUGUAGACAAGUUAGGCUGUAAAGGUUUGGUAGAUCUAAGAGAACGCGGCACACCCCUAAGUGGACUUGUACUACCUUUCCUUUGGGUCGGAGUACGAUUCAGUUUUAGAGGCUCACUGUUCUGACGCAAUGCCAUAGGUGACUUAACUGUAGAGCUUGUAGCACCAUGUUGAAGUGAGAAAGUUAUCGGUUUAGCUGAUGCAGACGGGUUUUCGUGCUUCUUUGGGGACUAUCUGGAGGAUUAGGAACGACAACCAGAACUGCCGCUGGUAUUUUAGGGGCAGGCGAAUGCACCAGGUGACCUGAGUGAGAGGAAGAUGUAGGAGUAAGGGGAAGGAGGAAGUCAGAUUUUGCAGGAGUAUGGCCAGCCGAAUCCUCACGGCUACUUGCCCAGUGAUCGAGUUGGUGAGCAUUAGACUGGGAAGAUGUGGGUAUAAGUGAGAAGAGGGACCCAAUUCUACUCUCCAUGGAGUAAAAUCAUGACAAAGGAAAAAUUGUGCACUUUGUAGAUACGCAGAGAUACGAUAUGGAUGGGCAAAGAUUGGGUCGGCCUCGAUUGGUGAAAACAACUCAACAAAGACGGGCGGACUUUUGCUACGGGAUGACAGGGAUUUUGCAUCGGCUAAGUCGCCAACUAUAAGGACGUCGUUGCUCAAGCAGGUCUUGUCCAGUUACAUCAGGAGAAGUCCAUCGCGUCCGGCAAUCUGGUUUAGUUGGGUGUGCUCAACUGCAAAUACAAGUGGCCGAGUGUGCUUAGUGUUGAUAGAUAAAGAUAGAAAUUUCAAUUCUGCUGUCAUGGGGUUUUCCUCGGGCACCGUGAUUAAAUUGUAGCCAACAAAGACAAUGACUCAUUCUCCUCGGCUUGUUCUGUCUUCUCUAAAUAGUCAAUAACUUCCAAUAGAUCCAGACAGCCAGAUUUCUGUCAGGGAAGUAACGUUGACCAAAGUCCUGAUUUUAUUCAUUCAAGUGAACAGUCUUUGUAAAUGUAAGUAUAUUGCCUUAUGGGGUGUAGGGGUGUCCAGCGGUGGGUUCACGUGAUGGUCGUAGUGGUCGCUCACUUGCUUGCAGGUGAGACUACGCCUAGCGUCCAUUUGCUUGCACCCAACUCUCACCUGUGGCUCCACGUAGCUGGGCUCUGCUCAGCGGCCACACCCCGGGCAACCGUCUCGACCGGCGGGCUAAACCAGGUGAGGGCGCUUUGCGCUUGUGCCGCGUGCACAGUGUACUGCGGACUCCACUGGAUGGAUGGUCGGAUGAAAAACUGCGCCGGCAUCGUCGAGACGAGGCUCUGCCUAGUACGCCGUUGGACAACUGCUGCCGGGAUGGGCCUGCGCAUCGCCUUCGCUAAGACGCGCCCACCCUCGCCGACGGAGACCGCGGACUCACGGCAUAUGCGGUCGUUUUCCACUACAAACAUAAAAGUCGUGGCCCCAUAGUCGGAUUCGGUCGCGCCAACCAGGCACAUGGGCAGCCCGAUUCAGGGGCGGCACUGCCUGCCACCACGAGGGGAAGGACCUAAAAAAGGUGGCCUAAAAAAUGCUGGGUACCACGCCGUCUUCAGGCUAGCCAGGGCCGCAGACGUCUAAUCAUGGUCGAAACACUCAAAAUCGAAACAAUAAUACCAAUAACAACAACAACCAUACUCAUUCUCCUCAUCCUACCUCUUCUACCUCUUCCUCUGCCUAUUCUUCUCCUUCGUCAUCUUCUUCUCCACCUCCUUCCCAUCGCUCCACUCCUUGUCCCCAGACUAGCAGGGUCAGCCCGCUCAUUCUGGCAGCCUGGAAUGUUCGUUCCCUUUUAGACAAUCCGAGGAGCAACCGACCGGAACGGAGGACGGCGCUAGUGGUACGAGAACUGACGCGCUACAAGGUGGACAUCGCCGCACUCAGCGAGACCCGAUUCUCCGAACAAGGCCAACUGGAGGAGGUGGUUGCCGGCUACACCUUCUUCUGGAGUGGUCGGCCUAGGCCAGAGCAACGAGACGCGGGCGUCGCCUUCGCCAUCCGGAACGACAUCGUGGAACGACUGCCCAGUCUGCCGCAGGGCAUCAACGACCGCCUUAUGAGCCUCCGUCUGCCUCUCCGGGGUGGGGGCAAAUUCGCCACCAUCAUCAGCGCCUACGCUCCGACGAUGACCAACCCCGACUCCGUCAGAGACAAAUUCUACGAGGACCUGCACGCCCUCUUGGCGACUGUGCCGAAGGCGGACAAGUUGAUUGUCCUUGACGACUUCAACGCCCGCGUCGGCACAGGCCAUACUGCUUGGAGAGGAAUGCUGGGUCCCCGCGGUCUCCGCGGCUCAAACGACAAUGGUCUGCUGCUGCUCCGCACCUGCGCAGAACACCGCCUCAUCCUGACGAACACGUUCUUCUGUCUGCCGGAGCGAGAGAAGGCCACCUGGUGGCAUCCUCGGUCGCGUCAGUGGCACAUGCUGGACUAUGUCCUCGUCCGGAGGCGAGAUCAGCGGGACGUGCUGGUGACGAAGGCGAUCGCGGACGCUGAUGGGUGGACCGACCAUCGCCUCGUCAUAUCGAAGAUGCGUAUUCGCCUACAGCCUCACAGGAGACCACAAGUUAAGCGACUCCCAGGUAAGCUGAAUGUUGCUUUGUUGUCUUUGCCGGCUCACCAUCUUCAUUUUAGCAAUGAGCUAGCUCAACGGCUAGACAACCUUCUAACCGCUGCCGCCGACGACGCCGCCGCCGCUGCCGAGAACGCCUCCGUGGAGAACCGCUGGUGUCAACUGUGA